AUGUUUCAUAGAAAGCUACUCAACAAAUCCAUGCAAACCUUCGUGGUUCCUUCUCCUCACAGUCAUGAAGCUUAUCAACCACCGUCACCGCCACCGCCACCGCCACCGCGACCUCUUCCGCCACCAUCCUUCUCCGCCAAUAGUUCACUCUCACCAUUUCUGAUCCUCAUGUUCUGUGGUCUCACUGUUUCCUUCUCUUUCAUUUGUUACCUCGCACUCUCCAGAAGAUGCCGACGUGGACGAAAUCCCGAUCGUAUAGAUGAACCUCAUGUUUUCUUUGAUCAGGAUCUUGGUCCGGUCAUACCCCAUCCCAUUUUGUUGAUCAAUUCGGUCGGUCUCAACCAAUCAGAGAUCGAAUCCAUUGCUGUCUUCAAGUAUAAACGAGACGGAGGGUUGAUCGAAGGGACCGACUGUUCCGUUUGUUUGAGCGAGUUUCAAGACGAUGAAAGUCUUCGGCUUUUGCCCAAGUGCAGCCAUGCCUUUCAUGUCCCUUGUAUCGAUACCUGGCUCCGCUCUCAUACGAGUUGCCCAUUGUGUCGAGCUCCCAUAUUCAAGAACUCGAGUGUUCAAACCAAUGCUAUAACUGAUUCCAAUUUGAUUGACGAAACUGAGGAAACCCCAGGCGAUGAUUCUGAAUCUAUCGAGCAUGUGGAAAGAAACCAGGAUGUUGAAAUCGAGAACAAUCGAGAAGUGGCGAAAACUAGUGGAAUUCAAAAUGAAACAAGCUGCGCGAUCAGGGUGUGUAGCGAUUUGGCGGAUCAUCUUCGUGUACAAAGAGAAGCAUCAGUCGCAUUGAGGAGAUCGGUUUCGAUGAACGAGUCCUCAGUGGCUAACCUUCAUCGUCCUGUUCAAGGAAAGCAUUCAAGUAGUCGAUUUGUACUGUCGACAAAACCUGAUAGGACGCCGAAAGGCGGACAUAAGCAUAGAGGGUCAGGGUCAGGGUCAGGGUCAGGGUCGAGCUCAAGCAUUAGCAUACGCUGUAGAGCAAUGAAGAGGUCUUCAUUUGGACAUUCGUCGCGAAUGGCGAGUAGUUUUACAAAAGGUCUUGCUCGUUGAGGCUCGUAUAAUCGAUCGCAUUGAAUCCGAGUAGAUUAAGGAGUAU